GCCCCCGCCGCGCCGCGGGCCAUGGACCUGCCCAGGGGGCUCCUGGUGGCCUGGGCGCUCAGCCUUUUGCCAGGCUUCACGGACACCUUCAACAUGGACACCAGGAAGCCCCGUGUCAUCGCUGGCCCCAGGACCGCCUUCUUUGGCUACACGGUGCAGCAGCAUGACAUCAGCGGCCAGAAGUGGCUGGUUGUGGGUGCCCCGCUGGAAACCAAUGGCCACCAGAAGACAGGAGACGUGUACAAGUGUCCGGUGACCCACGGGAACUGCACCAAGCUCAACCUGGGAAGGGUCACCCUAUCCAACGUGUCGGAGCGGAAGGACAACAUGCGCCUGGGCCUGAGCCUCGCCACCAACCCCAAGGACAACAGCUUCCUGGCCUGCAGCCCGCUGUGGUCUCACGAGUGCGGGAGCUCCUACUACACCACCGGCAUGUGCUCGCGCGUCAGCUCCAACUUCAGGUUCUCUAAGACCGUGGCCCCAGCGCUGCAACGGUGCCAGACCUACAUGGACAUCGUCAUUGUCCUGGACGGCUCCAACAGCAUCUACCCCUGGGUGGAGGUGCAGCACUUCCUCAUCAACAUCCUCAAGAAGUUUUACAUCGGCCCAGGGCAGAUCCAGGUUGGGGUUGUUCAGUAUGGAGAAGACGUGGUCCACGAGUUUCACCUCAAUGACUACAGGAACGUAAAAGAUGUGGUGGAAGCUGCCAGCCACAUCGAGCAGAGAGGAGGCACUGAGACCCGGACAGCAUUUGGCAUUGAAUUUGCACGCUCAGAGGCUUUCCAGAAGGGAGGAAGGAAAGGGGCCAAGAAGGUGAUGAUUGUCAUCACAGACGGGGAGUCCCACGACAGCCCGGACCUGGAGAAGGUGAUCCAGCAAAGUGAGAAGGACAACGUGACCAGAUACGCUGUGGCCGUCCUGGGCUACUACAACCGCAGGGGGAUCAACCCAGAGACUUUCCUGAACGAGAUCAAAUACAUCGCCAGCGACCCCGACGACAAGCACUUCUUCAAUGUCACGGACGAGGCCGCGCUGAAGGACAUCGUCGACGCCCUGGGGGACAGGAUCUUCAGCCUGGAAGGCACCAACAAAAAUGAAACCUCCUUCGGGCUGGAGAUGUCCCAGACAGGCUUUUCCUCUCACGUGGUGGAGGACGGGGUCCUGCUGGGAGCCGUGGGCGCCUACGAUUGGAACGGGGCUGUGCUGAAGGAGACCAGCGGCGGGAAGGUCAUCCCCCACCGCGAAUCCUACCUGAAGGAGUUCCCCGAGGAGCUCAGGAACCACGGCGCCUACCUGGGGUACACAGUCACGUCGGUCGUGUCCUCCAGGCAGGGACGGGUGUACGUGGCCGGGGCCCCCCGGUUCAACCACACGGGCAAGGUCAUCCUGUUCACCAUGCACAACAACCGGAGCCUCACCAUCCACCAGGCCCUGCGGGGCGAGCAGAUAGGCUCUUACUUCGGGAGCGAGAUCACCUCCGUGGACACUGACGGGGACGGCGUGACGGAUGUCCUGCUGGUGGGCGCGCCCAUGUACUUCAGCGAGGGCCGUGAGCGGGGCCGGGUGUACGUCUACCGCCUGAGACAGAGCCGGUUUGUUUUCAACGGGACGCUGAAGGACGCCCACGGUUACCAGAACGCCCGGUUCGGCUCGUCCAUCGCCGCGGUGCGCGACCUCAACCAGGACUCCUACAACGACGUGGUGGUGGGGGCUCCUCUGGAGGACGGCCACCGCGGAGCCAUCUACAUCUUCCACGGCUUCCAAGGCAGCCUCCUGCAGGUGCCGAAGCAGCGAGUCGCAGCCUCCGAGCUGGCACCCGGCCUCCAGUAUUUCGGCUGCAGUAUCCACGGGCAACUGGACCUCAACGAGGAUGGGCUGGUCGACCUGGCAGUGGGUGCCCUUGGCAACGCGGUGAUUUUGUGGUCCCGGCCUGUGGUUCAGAUCAACGUCAGCCUCCACUUCGAGCAGUCCAAGAUCAACAUCUUCCACAGGGACUGCAGGCGCGGCGGCCGGGACGGUGAGAGGCACCUCCCGGCUAGGGAGCUGACCAGUCCUCAUGGGGGCCCAGAGCAGCCAGCCAGGGAGGGCAUCAGGUACAACGCCACCGUGGACGAGAGGCGGUACGCGCCGCGGGCCCACCUGGACGAGGGCGGGGACCGGUACACCGGCAGGGCUGUCCUGCUGUCCUCUGGCCAGGAGCUCUGCGAGCGGAUCAACUUCCACGUCCUGGACACAGCGGACUACGUGAAGCCAGUAGCAUUCUCGGUGGAGUACUCCCUGGAGGACCCCGACCACGGCCCCAUGCUGGAUGACGGCUGGCCCACCGCCCUCAGGGUCUCGGUGCCCUUCUGGAACGGCUGCAGCGAGGACGAGCACUGUGUCCCUGACCUCGUGCUGGAUGCCCGCAGUGACCUGCCCACGGCCAUGGAGUACUGCCAGAGGGUGCUGAGGAAGCCUGCCCAGGACUGCUCCGCAUACACGCUGUCCUUUGACACCACGGUUUUCAUCAUAGAGAGCACACGCCGGAGGGUGGCGGUGGAGGCCACGCUGGAGAACAGGGGCGAGAACGCCUACAGCACGGUCCUGAAUAUCUCGCAGUCCUCAAACCUGCAGUUCGCCAGCCUGAUCCAGAAGGACGACUCUGACGGCAGCAUCGAGUGCUUGAAGGAGGAGAGGAGGCCCCACAGGAAAGUCUGCAACGUCAGCUACCCCUUUUUCAGAUGCCCAGCCUCUGUGGCUUUCCGUGUGGACUUCGAGUUCAGCAAGUCUGUCUUCCUGCACCAGCUAGAGAUCCAGCUCGCCACGGGCAGUGACAGUGACGAGCAGGACAGCACCAAGGGAGACAACACGGCCCUCCUACGCUUCCACCUCAAAUAUGAAGCCGACGUCCUCUUCACCAGGAGCAGCAGCCUGAGCCACUACGAGGUCAGGGCCAAUAGCUCGCUGCAGAGCUACGGCGGCAUCGGGCCGCCCUUUGACUGCGUCUUUAAGGUCCAGAACCUGGGCUUGUUCCCAGUGCACGGGGUGACGAUGAAGAUCACCGUUCCCAUCGCCACCAGGGCCGGCAACCGCCUACUGCUGCUCCGGGACUUCCUCACCGACCAGGUGAACACAUCCUGUAACAUCUGGGGGAACGGCACCGAGUACCGGCCCACCCCGACAGAGGAGGACUUGAGCCGCGCCCCGCAGCGGAAUCACAGCAAUUCUGACGUGGUGUCCAUCGACUGUAACAUGAGGCUGGCCCCCAACCAGGAGAUCAAUUUCCACCUGCUGGGGAACCUGUGGUUGAGGUCUCUAAAAGCACUCAAGUACAAGUCUCUGAAGAUCACAGUCCACGCAGCCCUGCAGAGGCAGUUCCACAGCCCCUUCAUCUUCCGCGAGGAGGACCCCAGCCGCCAGGUCACCCUGGAGGUCUCCAAGCACGAGGACUCGCAGAUCUCCGUCUGGAUCAUCGUGGGCAGCACACUGGGGGGCCUGCUGCUGCUGGCUCUGCUGGUCCUGGCGCUGUGGAAGCUCGGCUUCUUCAAAAGUACCAAGCGCAAGAGGGAGCCUGGCUUGGGCCCCACCCCCAAGGUGCUAGAGUGAGGCUCCGGAGCAGGCUGUGUAGACGGGGCUGGACACCAGUCCAGGCGGUGCAGGCCUAGGCCACAGCGGGCGGGAGCAGACAGGAUGCCAGCUGGCUCUGCACUUGACCUCAGCCCUGAGAUGGUCCCUGCUGCCUCUGGGAGGAACUCAAGCCAGUUUUAAGAGGAACCACCUCGGAAAGCCACCUCACCAGGAGGCGAGGACACUUCCCACACAGAUCCCAGGGACUGAAAGGGGCCUGCGCCCAGGCCCUGUGGAGGGCGUUUGCUGCCCAGCCACUAAGGUGCUAGGAGUUCCUGUCAUCCCCACCCCAGAAAGCCCGGGAGGAAGAGUGUACAUAUGACCUGCCCUGAACACUCCGGGCCACAAGCUCUAAAAGGACCCUACGAGACAGCGGAUCUGAGUGCUCCGAAGUCCUCACACCCACUCCCGCCCCACACCAUGGACGCUCCCCAGCUGUACCCAGGCCCCCUCCAGGAUGGGAGGUGGGCUCCCUGGGUCCCCCUGAAGGAACCUGAGCCUUAGGGCCUGGUGACAGCCACAGGACUCUGGGAUGCAGGGACCAUGACAUGUGGCGGUGGACCUGGAAAACGGACACAGCCCGACAUCCGGAGGCAACCGGGCUCUGCACCCAUGUGCACCACACGGCCCGCCACCGCACCCCACGCCAGCCCUCGGGCUCCCCUCUGCCCUCUGCUGCCACCACUCCACGCUGCUGUAUUCCUAGGUACCUCUGGGAGGCCGCAGACGACUCCAUCCCUAGGGCUCUGCAUUCCCACUUGGUCGUCACCAGGCAGCCUGCCCUGACCUGAACGCACUGGCCUGGUGCAGCUGGGGCAGCAGGGUGGGUGGGAGUCUCCCCCGCAGGCACUCCCCUCCGACACAGACACCCCUCCACCCGCCCUUACCACUGCCCAGGGAAAAGGGCUCGGCUGGUGCUGGGGAAGGGGCCUCUGGAAUGCACUGAAUAAAGACCACGCGAGGACCCCAGACUGCAGCCUCGGUGCAGACAUCUCAUCGGCCAGCCCAGGGGACAAGUGGUGCGACCAACCACACUCCAAGGACAGCAGCAUGCCUGGUGCCCAGCGGCCUGGCCCUGGCUUGGAGGGAGAAAUGACAGGGGACACAUCGGAGGCAUCUAUCCCCUGCGCACAGUACCACCUAGUCAUGAAUAUUUCUAAGAAAUUUUAAGGCGCUGGCAGGUGGCAUGGUGGUUAAGGUGCUGGGCUCUCACAUGGCCAAAAACAGUUCAAGUCCUGGA